AGGUGCUAAACUACUUCAGAGUGGGUUUGGGUCGGCACACGGUUACGUUUGGGUUAACGGAGCUGAAAUGCACUAACCAGAGCGAUUCAGCUGUUUGAUGUGUUACUGUUGUGCAUCUGACUGCAGUCAGCUGAUCACCUUACAUCUGAGCAAAGAUGGCUGCUCAAGUGACGCCUUCGGUCUCUCCAAAGACUGGAGAAGUUGAUGAUGGAUCCCUUAUUGGAGUUCUCAAAGCCUAUGACAACAUGAGGAAGAAGACCUUGUUGUGCGACGUGGUUCUGGAGGUUCAGGGGAGGCGGUUUCCUGCCCAUCGGUUGGCUUUAGCUGCUGGCAGCCAUUUCUUCUUCCUGAUGUUUACAACUGGCAUGAAGGAAGCCACCUCUGGCCGGGUGGAACUGAAGGAAGUGGAGCCGGACAUCGUUGAGCAGCUGAUUGACUACAUUUACACACAACGAAUCUCGUUGAACGUGAGGAACGUCCAGUCGAUGAUUCUGGCAGCCGAUCGGUUUCUGAUGGAUCCUGUGAAGAGGGCCUGUGAGGAGUUCCUGAAGGGACAGCUGAACGCAUCAAACUGCCUGGGCAUAUCGAUCCUGGCAGAUUUGAGUCAUUCUCCAGAACUGGCCGCCUUUACAGAAAAAUAUGUCCUGCGGUGCUUCUCUCAAGUCAUCAAGUCGAACGAGUUCCUGGAACUGGACGUCGCUCGGCUCACGACUCUACUGCGGAAGGACGAAGUUGUGGUUCCUGCUGAGGAGGUGGUGUUGUCGGCUGCUUUGGCCUGGCUCCAGCAUGAUCUCCCCAGCAGGCGGAGGUUCUCGGCUGAUGUGCUGAGCUGCGUUCGCUUUCCUCUCAUGUCUCAGAGCUUCCUUUCAAAGAUCGUUCACGCUGACCAGCUGUUCCAGAACGACGCAGCGUGUCACCACAUGGUCAUCAAUGGGAUGCAGUACCACAUGCUGUCGUGGGAAGACCGCCGAGACCUGGCCGAGAUGAGCAGACCUCGCUGUGUGAAAAGGAAGCCCCGUAUUGCUGUGCUGAAAAGCUCCGUGCCCUCGUUGAUCCACUUCUUCAACCCAAAGGAUUCCAGCUGUACUCGCAGUACUUCCUCUUUUGGGAGUCGACAAAAUGCUGCAGUGGUCUACUGUGAUGGUGUGGUCUACAUCCUGGGAGGCUCCAGUCUCUCAGGUCCCAUGAAGUCCAUCAACUGUUACAGCAUCCAACAAGACUACCGGUUCUUUAAGUCGGGGCUGCCCACACCCUGCGACAGCCUAGCAGCCUGCGUUGCCCACGGCAACAUCUACGUAUCGGGAGGAGUAACGAAGGAAGACGGCAGGAUUCUGCACCAUCUUCUCUGCUUCAACACAAAGACGAGUUCCUGGCAAACGCAACCCAACAUGUUAACGGCUCGCUGCUGUCACGGAUCAGUGGAGCUCAACGGCCUCGUCUACGUUUGUGGAGGACUCAGCUGCAACAGGCUCUCUCAGUUCAUCACCAACAGCUGCGAGGUGUACAACCCCUCCACCCAACAAUGGAGGGAGUUGUGCCCCAUGACCCAACCCAGGAAGGACCAUGGCCUGGUGGUGGUGAACAACCUGAUCUAUGCCAUCGGAGGGGAGGGUCGGCAAGGCUUCCUAAGAUCCGUGGAAUGCUACGACAUCAGCUCGAACCAGUGGCGCAGCGCUCCACCGCUGCCCUACCCCAUGAUGGUGAGGUGUGCAGCUGUUGGGAAUGAAAUCUUCGUGUUGGCGGGCAAAAGUCAAAGGGCGGAGCUCCAAAGUGUUCUGGAGUUCCACACAUACGACAACAAGUGGACCUCUUCUUACAGCAUGAAGCAGUUUCCAUUCAAAGACACUCUCAUCUGUGUGGUGGACUAGUGUUUUAAUCCAAGGCUGUUUUAAUGGUUUUAUUGUCCUUUUUAAAUGUGUUUUGAUAAAUAAAAGCUGUUAUGUUUGUCUA